AUGGCUGCCGAUUCUGCCAACAUUGCCACCCAACCUGCUGCUGCUGCGCCGGCUCUUGCUGAGGGUACUGCAGCUACCAGCAAUCCUUUGCAGGCGAGUAGCGAGAACCCGGCUGCAGCCGCUGCUGGCGCUCUUGCUGCCGACGACGACAAGAAGGUGAGUGACGCUACUGGUCAAGCCAACCAGCUAGAAUGCGCCGCAAAAUCCCGUGUAUCGACGCGCACAAUCUGGGACACGAUAGCGACCACCAAUCCUUGGCUGUCUGCUGACGCAGUAAUCAAACCUCAUGCUCUCAUCUUCCCCUUUGCAAUUGUCACAGGCUCAGCAGGUCUUCGCUGGUGAGUAGAUCAGUGCUUGUCUCGUUUUCGACUACAUUCAACGCAUUCAUGCUGACACUGAAGGUUCUCGCUCAUCUUCUUUGUCCAGGCAAUCUGGCAUUCGCCACCACCGAGGACGAACUCAAGCAGCUCUUUUCCGAGGCUGGUACAGUGUGAGUGCGAGUGCCAGUACCGGGUCGAGGGAGGUGCAAGCCGCGAACGCUGAAGUGAUCUUGCCGCUUGCCACAGUACAAGCGCUCAAAUUAUCACUCGCGGCACUCGUUCCCUCGGGUACGGAUUUGUCACCUUCACGACCGAGUCCGAAGCCAACAAGGCUGUCACACUGUUCCACAAGCGCGAGAUUGCGGGCCGCGAGAUCAACGUAGAGAGCGCCAAGGCUCGCUCAGCUGCCAGAGCUGCUGUGGAGGCUGCUCAGAAGUCCGAUGCUGUGGAUGGCGAGAAGAAGGGCGCCAAGUCAGCUCGUGGACGCGGACGCGGAGGUCGCCGCGGAGGCGUGAGUAAUUUGCGAGAAUAAUGAACAGCAAUGACAUGAGAUCCUUACGCUUACUAGGUCGCGUUCAUCACUCUCAUCAGGCGACUGGACGUCGUCCUCGUACUGAUGAAGGCGAAGAAGGCACCGCAGAAGGCGAAGCCACUACUGCGGAAGAAGCACCCGGAACAAAGGCGAGCGCGCCAGCUGCCAAAGCUUCCAAGCCCAAGGGUAAGGCUGGUGUAGCAGGUGCCGCGAAUGGCGAAGCCAAAGAUGGCGCUGCAGCAACUGAAGGCGGCAAGAAGGCGAAGGCCGCAAAGAAGCCUCGCGAGCCCAAGGGAACGCCCGAGGGCACUCCGAGCAAGACUUUGGUCUUUGUUUCCAAUCUGCCCUUCAACUUUAGCGAUGCUCAGCUGCGCGCCGUCUUCGAUUCCGAGAGUGCGGGAUUGGGCGGCAAAGAUGCGGUGAAGAGCGCCAAGGUGGUCAAGAGGCCUCACACGGGCAAGACGAAAGGUUUUGGAUUCGUCGAUCUCAAAGAUGAGGCUACGCAGACUUUGGCGCUGGAAAAGAUCAAGGGCAUCACGGUUGAGGGAAGAGAGAUUGGAGUCAAGGUGGCUGUGCAAACGGAACGCAAGGUUGCAGAGGGUGGAAAGGACGAUGCGGCAGCGGUGGCUGCUAGCGCUAUUGAAGCCAAGCCCGAGCCCGAUACCGCUCCGUCUGCACCUGGCGUCUGA